AGAGAAAUUGCGAAUUUCAAUUUCGUAUAAUAGAUGUUAUAUGGUGUUGCAAAUAAAGUAAAUUCUGUGAAUUCCAAAUGAGAUGGUAUAUUUAUUUCUGUUAAACAAUACAAAUUACACAUUUCAUGGAUACAAUAAAUAAAUGCGCAUUAUUGCUUCUAACAUGAACGCAGAUUUGAGAGUGAUCAAAAAGACACUUAGUCGGUGCGAGGACAAACGUCACGAGGAAUAGCGAUGAAUGCCCCAACAAGACUGUGAGCUAUGGAGGUCGCCAUUUUGAAAGUCUACCUCGUUUUCAUAAUGAGAUUAAUAUUGGAGGAAGUGUCGUCACUGAAAAUCCCUACCACGUGUUCAAAUAAAGGGCCGGUGAACCUUAUAGACGAGGCGUUUCCGAGAAUCGGCCAACUUCCGGAGGGGGUCAGCGUCGUCUAUGACGUUAAAAGUCACGUGCACGCGCUCCAGUUUUUACCAAACACCAAAGAUAUACAAAUACCCACAAGAAAAAUAUUCCAGCAGUGCCAGUAUUUUCCGGAGGAGUUUUCCGUAUUCUUCAUUAUGAAACACGUCCAAAUGACGAAACACAAACAGUGCUUACUAUCAAUUGCGCAUGCGCAGAAAACUCAACUCUCCGUGUGCAUAUCAAGGAAGAAAAUUGUGUUCACUUUCGACAAUAAGCGGACUCGUUUCCGAAGCUCCGUUCUGACGUUCAAUCAGUGGCACACGGUGGGCUUUAGCGUCACCGGAAGUCACGUGACCAUGACGACGGACUGUUUGAACAUCCGGAAGCACAAACUAAAGCGCGCGUUUCCGAGUUUCCUCGAAGUGGAGAACUCGGUGAUCAACAUCGGCGGAUGUAACUCUUGUGAAAGUGCUUUCCAGGGUCUCCUGAAGGAUAUUGUCCUGGUUCCCGGUGCCGACGUGGUCCGUCGGACAUGCCCGCCGCGCACGCCUCGCAGCGCCUUCCUCGACAACCACAUCCCGACGGAGCCGGAGAAGGAGAUUGCGAGCUACUCGUCGGUCGGUCCCGACUGGGCGGGAUGUCGGUGGAUGGAUGUCGGUAAUCUGGCGUUCGACGUCUACUCUCGCACCAUCAAGGUCUGCGUUAACGGCAUCUGGCAGCACGUCGCAACGCACUUCCAAGAACCGCCCAAAAGUCGCGAGCUAGACUACCUCGAGGUCUAUCAAGACGUCAUCACGCCGUCUGCUUCCAUAGAUGUCGAGCUAUUUCAUCUGCCGGGGGAGGGACUCUUCGCCGUGUUUGCGAAUUCCGACACCUCAACCGGAAGCGGGAAAUCGGGCGGUGUUUCCGGUCUAUACAAAUGGACGGAAAAGCAGUUUCUACUGUACCAGAGGCUUCCGUCGGUGUCGGCACAGAGCUGGUGUCACUUCUUCAUCGAAUCAAAUUUUUACCUCGCCGUCGCAAACUACGGAAACGAUUCAAGCAAAGGGACCAAUUCGACGAUCUACAAAUGGCAUCGACACCGCAAGAAGUUCCGGGAGUACCAGUCGAUUCUGACGUACACGGCGCGUGACAUGGAGUUCUUUGUGAUCAACGAUGAUAAAUUUCUCGCAAUAGCCAAUCACGCAAUUGGCGCUAACCAAGAAAUCGAUUCGAUCAUUUACAAAUGGGACGCGAAAGAGCGCAAGUUUGCGCCGUUCCAGACGAUAGCGACGGUGGGCGCGUAUGACUGGACGUACUUCCGGGUGCAAGAGUACCACUUCCUGGCGAUUGCUCAGGCGUUCAAUGGAAAGACAACCUUGAUGGACUCCGUCAUCUUUGUUUUCCAGAAGGACAAGUUCCUUCCCUUUCAGACAAUUGAGACGAAUGGUGCUACGGACUGGGAGUUCUUCAUGAUAGACAAGGAGGCCUACCUGAUCGUCGCUAACGCCUACAACUACGGACCACAGAACUUCCAGAACUUCAACACGUUUAAGACCAACUCCUCUCUAUUCCGACUGAACAUCGCAAAACGGGCAUUCAUCAAGUACCAGACGUUCGAAACCAACAGUGCUAUAGACUGGGAACAUUUCACCAUCGGCACCGACCACUACCUGAUCGUCUCCAACGCUCAAAAUGGCGGCUCGGAGGAAGACCGUCUGACGUCUCUGUACAGACUACAGGGCGUUGACCGUUUCGUCCCGGUGCACCGGAUGUUCCUAGAGCCGUCGGCCGACUGGGAGGUGUUUGAAGACGGCGACGACGUCUACUUCCUGUACACGAACGCCAAGGGUCGCCAGUGCCAAGUUCUACGCGCGCGUUUUAAAUAGCGUUACGUAGCGUUAACGCCAACGCAUAAGCGUGUCAUUGUCCAAUUUUACUCUCCCAGGGUCGUCUGUGUUUUUAGGGCUCGAUGAAAAUAGUUUAACAUUAUUCUGGAUAAUGAAUCACUGACCAUUCAUCAUCAGCCUAGUUUCCGAUUCACUUUUCAAGGAACACGGCUCUUUCUGAUUAACGGAACGGAGCGUGAAUUGGAAUAACCUGAGCGUAUAUGUGCAUAUGUGUUAUAUGUAAUUACAUGGAGUUAAUGGCGUCUUGUACCCAAAUAACAUUGCAUCGGGGUUGCGAAUAACUCGUUCUUUUUAUUGAGUAUGUAAGACAUUUUAGCAGGGAAUAUAGGGUUUAUUUUAUUUCAACGUCAAAAUGAGACGUAUGCCAAUGGCCCAGUUUGUCUAUCGAUGUGCUGGCGUUAAAUGCAUGUGAUUGUAGUGAAUCAUUUAAGUCUCGUCAUGGGAAGCUGGGCUUAAUGCAUCUGGUAGUUUUUAGUUUAAGGGAUGUCUCAUCUUAACGAAAAUCCAGUUAAGGCGGAAAGUCUCGUCCUGAUUACGGUAGCGUGUGCGGACUGCACAGGCUUAUCUGGGACGCCAUGUGCUUGAUUUUUGUGUGGUUCUGAACAGUUUAUCAUUGUGUACGCCAUUCCAUGGAAACCCAAAGUUGGCAAUAAGCCUGCUUUGCAAAACCGCUUAUGAACCCUUGUGACUUUCAAGGCGUAAAUGUGACGAACAAAAUGGCCAGUAAUUUCGAUAAACGUCAUCACACUGUUUAUUAUCAUCGAUUCAUCAAUAAACGAUACUACGAACCAUAUGCGUGUUAACUUUGCUGCCAUAUUGUGCCUUUUUCGUUGUAUCGUAGAUUAUAAAUAUUUGUGUCAUUCAUAUAGUUGUAGUAGUCGUUAUCAUUGUCGUCGUCGCCGUCAUCAUCAUGAUCUUCAUCAGCAUAACGAUGAAGAUAUCAUUGCUAUCAGCAUGAUCUUCAUCAUCAUCACCACCACCAUCAUCAGCAUCGUCAUUUCGGUCGUGAUGAAUAUGUAAUUAUUCAUAAUUUUAUUGUAUUGUUUUGGAAAAUGCCAUGUUUAUAAGUAUGUAUUUGAUUAUUAUUAAAUCAUUUUGAUUAUUAUUAUUAUUAUUAUUAUUAUUGUUAUUAUUAUUAUUAUUAUUAUUAUUAUUAUUAUUAUUAUUAUUAUUAUUUAUAAAUGACAUUCCAUGCAUAUACAGUUAUUAUCCCCCGCCAUAGGCGGAGGCAUAUUGUUUAGGCGUUGUCCGUCCUUCCGUCUUUCCUUCCUUCUGUCUUUCCGUUCGUCUUUCCGUCCGUCCGGAGCCAUAUCAUCGAAGUGCUUUGUCGGAUUUCAUUGAAACUUGGUAUAAGUAUAUAUAUGUAUAAGAGGAUGAUGCACGCCAAAUGGCAUUGUACACCAUCUGUUAAUAACGGAGUUACGGCCCUUUGUAUCUUGAAAAAAUGCUUUUUGAGUGUCAAAUAUAACACUUUAGGGUCCAGAAGCAUAUAUGCGGGGGAUAUCAAUUCAACGAAUUUGCUUGUUAUAAUUAGAAGCGAUGGGCCCUUUCUUUAAAGAGAUCUUACGAACAUUUUAAGAUACGAUUUAUUGAGAUGAGUUGUGGGAAAACGGGCGUUGUGCAUAUGCGUAAAGUGUCGUCUAAAAAUAAACUUUGCAAUCCGCCAUGCUAAUCAGGGACAAAGCUUUUCACUUACACUGGAUUUUCGUUAAGAUGAGACCUCCUUCAAACGAAAAAAAAAUCCACAAAACUGGACAUUGUCGUCCCUGAUUAGACUGUGGAGACUGCACAGGCUAAACUGGGACGGCACUUUACGCAUAAGCAUCAAGCCUCGUUUUCCUAUAUUAUGUGUGCUAAAACUCGGUAAACAAUUUAUAAAGCAAAUAAUUGCUCGGUCCUAUAUAGUGAAACUGUUCCUUUUAUAAGUUUGAACAUGAUUUUAACACAUGUGCAAUAGUCGUGUGUAUGAUGUUUAUUCCAAUAAAUUGUAUA